ACAUAAAAGGAGCAAGAACUUGUUUGCUCAUUGCGAGGAUUUUUAUGUACAAAAUGAUUUCGUUUUUAAAUCAAAGUAAAUUCUUUUUCAAAGUUUCAUUUUUGCAUGGAGAUUUUUUUGUGCAAAUUUUUGAAAAAUUCCAACUCCCUUUUGCCACAUUUAAAUCGCAAAUUUCAAUUGUUUGUGCGAUUACUGCGAUAUGCUUACAUCGCAAAUAAUUUCAAUGGUAUUGAAGUAACAUGCGUACCACGUGGUGUAGAAGUUUUUAUGUAAAGUAGUUGGAUUACAGAAAACCCAAAACCAAACGAGUUUGGCAGUUCUCAAAGGGCCUGAUGGUAAUAAAAAUCGUGAUCAUUCAAUAACGAUAAAAAAAACAUCGACGCAUGUCUUCUUUUUAUAUGUUGUUCGUUUGUUUUUUUCUGUCUUCGAUCAAGUAAGUUAUUGGUGUCUUGUGUCGCUGAAGUUGGAAUUUAUAAAUCAGUGUUGUGAGGCUUGGCACUUGCCAAUGUUCUGUUUCGCUCUUUGUCAGUUUCGUUAGGUCCGAGUGUGUGUAUUUGUAUAUCAUAGUACGCGCAAUUUUACAACCAACAACACGUUCUAGUUUGAUAAGUGACUUUAUUCUGACUGUGUCACACACGCGAUUCAAUGUGUAUUGUUUCGCUGGUCUUUUUGAUUGGGUUCGGGACGAAAGAAGAAAAAAAUACGCAUUUAAAAACGUUAUAAAUUACAUACGAAAUAAAUUUGAUUCAAUUUUUGUGCACCCAUUCAUCCGAAUUGGAUGAAUUGUUAAGAGCUCAACUUAUUGAAUAGAGUGUCGACAUAAGUCAGUUGACCACAAUCGGAACAGAUUCAGAUUUUACCGGCGGACAUUGAGCAGAAACAAAGUUUUAAAAUCAUAUUUUAUUUGAAAGAAAGUGAGACUAGCAAAUCAUAAACAUUUUGUCCAACGUUUUCUUAAAACGACAAGUGUCUUUUUAUUAGAGGUAAGCGUUUUCAUACAUUUUCAUGACAUUUCGCGAUAAUGAAUAACUCAAACAGCGUAAUUUGACAUACUUUCGGUUUUUUUUAAUAUGUUGACCUGUAUAUUCAUAGAGUUUUUUAUAUGUUGACUUGUGAAUUGUAGCAUAAAUGAAGAGGAUCAUUUUAAGUAAUUCGGAAGAAGGCAUGUCUCAAGACAGAUUAACAAGAAUAAAGUAGAAUUAAAGUAAAGCAAACAUAAAUCAGUUUCAAUCCGAUUUGUGUCAUUAUCUGUGACUCGUGUUGGAGUAUCUGCAAUGCAAGAGAACAUUUUGUUUGACUUAAUGAGAGCAUUUUACAUAUGAGAACCUUCCAAUUGCUUGACAUUGUUGCUAUACUCAUUAUGCCUAUACAAUUCAUUAUUAUUAUUACAGUCUGACUUCCAUUGAUUGAUGCUGCUGCUGCUCAUUUCAAGUUUUUUUUUAGUCUUUCGAGUUGAUUAAUUGCACGGCAAAUGAGUGAAUGACGGCAUGAGGACAAGCGCGCAUAAACCAAAACUUGAAUAUAAUAUCGAUUCUGAUGCUAGAAGCUCAAGGCAAUGCUUGAUAACCUAUUUUUUAUGAGAUCAUUCGGUUACAUUCAAUCGAAACGAUGUAAAAAUCCGCGGCUAUUCGAUGCCAAAAAUUGAUACUGUGCCGAGACAUGCGUAUUUAUUUGCCCAAAAAAAGAGAAUUGAUUGUUUUAUAGAAUUGUGGCUUUCACUCAUUUGUUUCUAAAUUAAUUGGUUGCGAUCCACAUUGUGUAUUGUGAUAAGAACCGACACAAAAAUUGAUCUCUUUCAACUUUUCGUCUCGGCAUUUAUUCGAGCGAGCGAGAGAGAGAAAGAGAGAGAGAGAGAGAGAGAGAGAGAGAUAGAGAGCGUGAGCACAUGUUCGAUCGUAUUUCAAUUGAAAUCCGUAGCAUUGAACUUUGUGUUCUAACUAUCGCUUAGCCACUAAUUAUUAUAUGAUAUUUUUGCUGUUUCAAUCGAAUAUUCGCUACAAUUGGCGAAAGCCAACGGCAGACAAAAAAAAGCGAUCAACGCAAAUUCAACUCUCGUUCAUUCGCUCGCCUUAAAAAUCAUUUUGAAUAAGCAAACUUGCACUGAUAACCCAAAUGUUGAUGGAAAGGCAGCAACAAUCUGGCCUCGCCAAAAUGAUUACUUGGUGACAAAGCAAAAACAGACAUUACGUUGCAAUGAUUUCAGUUUUUCUUAAUUGGUACAGAGCAAGAUAUUCCGGUGGCGAAAAACAUUUCGAGUUUGGAACACGUGAAUGUCUUGCUGAUAGAGCUGAGAGUCGAUUUCAAUGGCCACGAGUUCUCCUCUAAACGGUAAUAUAGAACGAAUCAGCUGAUUUUUUCGUUCAGUACUAUCAACGCAUCAUCAUAGUUUUGAUUAGUUUGUUUCAGUGAAACUGUUAUUUGAUUUGAUUUCUUGGUGACGUACAUUGGCCAGCAAUCCACAAACUUGACAAUAAUAUUUUGAUCAAGCCCAUUUUAGUCGCGAAAAAAUAGGACAAACAUCCUGAAUAUUUAUCGAUAACAGCAUAACAAAUUUAUUGGCUACUUUGGCAAACAAACAAAUUGCCUGUAAAUACGUAAUCAGUAGAAUAAUCACAACGUCAAAUAUUUGAAUAACAGCCGACAUACAACAAUUUAUUACUUGUCUUAAAAAAAAACAAUUAUCUGCUUGCGAACGUGAUUUUGGUUAUCCGAAGCAAAAAAAAAUCGAAAAAGAGAGAAAGAAAGAACUGGCCAUACGUCAAAUAAACAAAAACGAUCAGUAAACAAAGACAGAAAAUUUGUACAAUCCUGUAUGCAUGCUGAUUGCUGACUAUUCGUCAUACAUUGUCAGCAAAGUAUAUAAAUUCUCAGAAGUCAAGUUGAAUGUAAUUCGUAACAACGGAUGUAAAUGUUAGGCAUUCUUCAGAUAAAAUGAACGUCCCCUGUUUAUUUUCAAGCCGGCGAUUUUUGGCUGAUGACGUAAUUUUACACUCAAUUUCGAAGCACUUUGAAAUGGAUUCUAAUUAAAACUGGAAUUUAAUUAGCUACGGCUAGAAGAAAGCCGAAAUUUAAAUGUAGCCCAGAAAAAUAAUGAUAAAAACCGAUUAGAGAUUUGGUCGGUGUCAUCAUUCAAAAUAUGCAUGACACUGCUAUGCAUGAAUGUCAUUUGUAAGAGAUGUUUAGUCGUAAAAAUUUUCCAAGCAUAAAAAUAAUGUUUGUUAUUUAUAACAUUUGAAAAUGACAGAAGUCAAUCAUGACUUGGCCAAGUGUCUCGUUAACUAGUUUCUAAUGGCAAAUCGUGUUCGAAGCAGCCGCUUUCCAAACGAAAUAGUAAAUAAAAUCUUUGUCAAUAGCUAGAAUCGAUUGCAUCAAUGGUAGUAGUGGAAAACUUUAUACGCAAAACCGAAUGUACAGUGUACGUACACAAAUAGUCUGAAGGGAAAAAAACAAUAACACAGCGAAAAAUUCGAAAAAACAAAAUGCAUACGCUAGGAAAAUUCCAUAAUUGAUAAUUACAAAUCAGGAAAGAGAGGAAAAGAGAAUAAACAGAGAAAACAUCAACGUUGACUAUCAUAAACAUACCGAGAAACUAUACAAAAAGUGAAGAAACUGCGUUUAUUUGCCGUACGACCGCCACGAAGAUCGGACACACGUUAUAAAAUCAUUUUGAAAAAGGAGCACACAUUACUGUGAAGAGCAGAAGGAAAAAAAAGAGGAAGAGAACAAAACACGAAUCCAUAUCGCAUAUUUCGUUUCAUUGACUCAUAAACAAAUCAGUUUGCGACUCUCUUAUCUCUGCAUAUAAAAGCAAAUCAAAUCAACUGCUCUACCCGUCAUUCAAAUUUAAACGUCGAUUAGUGCUAAAUGAAUUAUUGAAUUGUGCGUAUUUUUUGGCUAAACACAAUUUUUUUUUUGGGUCUUGUUUCGUUUUGAAGGACAAUCAGUGGGAAUAAAUAAAGAGAAUCAAAAUGUUGAAUACAGAGUGCUUAGAUUUGGUGAGCAUCAAAUCCACAUCACCCACAUGCUUCAUCUCAUAUGAUCGCACGAUGAACAGCACGGUCUCACCGCCGAUCAUGGCCAAAGAGAUCGAACGUGUGGACAGUUCAGUUGCUGUUCGCAAAAAUAAACGGUUGGGACGAGGCGCUGUUAAUUCAGGACUCACUUGUGAAUGUGGCGUUUUUGCGGCUAUGGCCUGCGGCGAAUGGCCAACCCAACGUAUUGAAAUUGCGCAAACAAUUUGCCUGGGAUUGGUCGCAUUGCAACAUCGUGGACAAGAAUCGGCUGGUAUUGUGACGAGUGAAGGGAUCUGUACAAAGAGUUUCAAUGUAUACAAAGGCAUGGGCAUGAUCAACACAAUUUUCAACGAUGAUGCCAUCCGAAAACUGAAGGGAAAUUUGGGAAUCGGUCACACACGGUAUUCAACAUCAGCGAGCUCAGAGGAAGUGAAUUGCCAGCCCUUCGUUGUCCACACAGCUCAUGGCGCCAUGGCCGUCGCGCACAACGGUGAACUUGUGAAUUGUGAAAGUUUGCGUCGAAAUGUAUUGGAGCGCGGAGUUGGACUGUCGACACACAGUGAUUCCGAAUUGAUUACACAGGCUUUGUGCUUGAAUCCACCAGAAGGCGAGGACAAUGGACCAGACUGGGCCGCCCGUAUUAAGCACUUGAUGACACUGGCUCCACUCUCAUAUUCUCUAGUUAUUAUGAUGAAAGACAAAAUCUAUGGUGUUCGUGAUGCUUAUGGAAACCGACCUCUAUGCAUUGGCAAAAUUGUUCCAGUUGACUCUGGAAAUCUAUCAGUUGAAGAAGUAAGUGCCGAAGGAUGGGUUAUGUCAUCAGAAAGUUGUGGUUUCUUGUCAAUCGGUGCACGUUAUGUGAGAGAGGUCGAACCAGGAGAGAUUGUCGAAAUCACAAAGCAUGGUGUCAGAUCGAUUGAUAUUAUUGAACGUCCGGAAGAUCGUAAAUUAUCAUUCUGUAUCUUCGAGUAUGUUUACUUUGCGCGUUCGGAUUCGAUUUUCGAAGGGCAAAUGGUGUAUUCGGUGCGAAUGCAAUGUGGCCGUCAAUUGGCUCGUGAAGCGUUGGUGUCAGCUGAUGUGGUGAGCUCUGUUCCAGAAUCAGGAACAGCCGCCGCUCACGGAUAUGCCCGUGAAUCCGGUCUUCACUUUGCCGAAGUGUUAUGCAAGAAUCGUUACGUUGGUCGCACAUUCAUUCAGCCAUCGAACCGUUUGCGUAAGCUUGGUGUUGCCAAGAAAUUCGGUGCUCUCUCAGAAAAUGUUGCUGGAAAACGAUUGAUCUUAAUUGACGACUCGAUUGUGCGAGGUAACACUAUUGGACCAAUCAUCAAAUUGCUGCGUGAUGCCGGCGCAUUGGAAGUUCACAUUCGUAUUGCCAGUCCACCGCUUCUUCAUCCAUGCUACAUGGGCAUCAACAUUCCAACUCGCGAUGAACUCAUCGGCAACAAACUGAAACCAGACGAAUUGGCCAAAUAUGUUGGCGCUGACAGUUUGGCAUAUUUGUCUGUUGAAGGAUUGAAACGAGCUGUACAAUACAAUAUGAAGAUUAAAAAUCGUGCGGCAAGUGGCCAUUGCACAGCGUGCCUAACGGGCGAAUAUCCGGGCGGUGUACCAGAGGAGCUUAGUUGGUAGAAGAUGGACAUUCCACACAACAAUAACAGCGAAGAAAAAAAAACAAUUUCAAAUCCCGAUGCAUGUGUUGACCACGCAGCUUAAUAUUUUUAAGCAUUUCGAUUUUAAGACAAUCAUCAGAUAUUUACGAGAGUCACAACAAAACGAAUGUUUUAUAUUAUGUCAGCUCUCUGAAUUCUGUCACAAGAAUUAUUUUAACGCUUAGAAACGUAAAAUAUUACGAAUUUCAUAGCGAUUUCUCGAUGGAAUCGCAUUCGCAUAAAUUUGCAGAAGAACAAAACGAAUAGAGUACUUAUAAGGAAAUUUAUAUUAAAAAGUCUUUACUGAUUUUUAUUAAAUGAUUGAUAUUUUUUCAACAAUUCAUUUCGAUAAAGUCGGUUCACUGACUUUUUCCGAAGUUCAGAACAAUCUGGCUCAGAGAAAGUCAAUGUCUUUAAAACUGAAAAUCAUUUUGAUAUUUCCAAUUCCAUAUUCUCAAUAGGCAGAUUUUACACAAGCCUCAUAGUCACACUCCCAUUCAUACAAUGUUGAGAUAUCGUACGAUGAGUGCGAUAUUUUUACGCGAGAUUAUUGUGUAAAAAAAGAGCGAGCCGAACUUUUGAUAGUGGGUCAGUGUUAACACAAGUAAUUACUUGCGUCAAAAAUGAGUUGGAUUCAUUUGCCGUAAUGUACAAGCGAUUCAGAUAUGAAAGCAAUUCCUAGACUAAUUCAAUGUGAAUAGUUUAAACUUUAUUGAAAAUUUCUAUUAUUCGAAUCUAUUUUGUAAGUUUUACUUGACCGUCGAAAUCGUUAUGAAUGUUUUGAUCUUGAAUCUUUACAAAAACCGUUUAGUUUUAAAUGCAAUUCUUAUGUAAGCGAAAUGUUUUGAUAAUUUAAAAGCAAAAUACAGCGAAAUUUCCUGCAA